GCCGUCUUUGGCGUAGCCAUUAAUGUAUUAAGAGGCGUAACUCAGAAAUUUCAAAAACCUGGGCAGUCUAGUCUGACGAAGCCGCCAUUUCAAAGCGCAAAGGAGCCAUAGAAGCUGUUGGAAAUUUUGUAAUUUGUAUUUUUCAAAUAUAUAUAUUUAUUUUAUUAGCAAAUAGGAAAAAUAUAUUACUUUUAGAAUCUACCUCGCCUGCAUCACCGACUGAAAUGGAUGCAGACACAGAAGAAAAGGUGACAAGAACGUCAAAGAUUUCCAAGGAUGAAUCUCAAAAACCGUUAAUGGACAACAAAUUUAGGGGUCGUGGGUUUAAAAGUCGCGGUCGAGGGGGUCGGAUGACUCGAGGCGCCAUGCGUGGUGGUCGGGGCAUAAUGAAAGCGUUUGGUCCACCUGGAUAUGGGAGGGGUCAAGUGAAAGAUGGAAUCCUGAAUGGAUUUGCACCUAUGAGAGCAAUGAGGAGGAUGCGACCUUACCCAGACCUAAGAGGUCAUCGAGGUAGGGGCCCACCAAUGGGCAUGGGCCCUCCUCCUCCCCCACCACCUCCCAUGCACCUCAGAGGCCCCUUUCCACCCAUGCCCAGGCACGGCCCCCCUCCACCUCCUCUAGGUCAUCCUGGUUUCAGAGGGUGUCCACCACACCCUCGAGGCCGUGGCAUGCUACCCCCUGGACCUCCACGCCACUUCCACCCCUGCAGUCCAAGAGGCUACCACAAUGGACCAGUCUCUCCUCCGCCUCACCCCCCACCUGGCAGAGGCCAGAGGUGGCCAGGGCCCCCUGGUGGCCGACGCUUUUAACACAGCCUGCCCUAAAAACAAUAAGCAAACACUUGUUAAUGUAGAAGGGGCCUAAAGUGAUGGAGUAAAUGAAACACCCCUUACUCCUGUGUUGCACAAAGUCUCUUAAUAUCUUCAUGACAUACUCUGUGGCCAAAUGUCUGCUUAUUGAUAUUGUCUACUGGCAAAGAAGUAAUGUGAAAAUGACUAAUUACAGCAUAAAAUGCCUCACAACUUUAACCAUGUAAAGGCAUUCUGUUAUCGAUGUUACAAAAAUACUGUUGGUACUGUAGGAACUAUUUGACAUUGUUGGAAAAAAAAAAAACUCUUUGAAACAGCUGUUCUCAAAGGGAGGAAAAUUAUUGUCAAAGUUCAUUAAAUGUUCUGUGGUUCUUGUUACAGUCACCCUGUGAGCCUUAGGAAUUGUUUCUGAUCCCUUAUAAAGAAUAAAAAAAUGGGUGACAUUGUUUAUAUGAAGGUGGGGAAAGAUGGCUGACAAAUAAUGAGAGUGCACAGUAGCCCUCGAGCACCACUGUUAGUUAACUAGCUUAGUACACCUUGGACCUCUCUAACCUUUCCUUUUGUUACAUGGAAAUAUUUAUGUAUUAUGAACAAGCAGUGCAGUAAAUAUUGUUUAACACUUACACAUUUUUCAAGUGAAAAGACAAUAUUGUCAAGUAUUGAAGUUUGAGUAAUUAAUUUGAUAUCGUUAAUGUGCAACUAUUUUAAGUUACCAGUAUUGCUGUUUGGAGAAUUUUGAAAAUGUUUGUCUUCAGCAAUCUAUCUUGUAACGACAAAAUGAAGAAGGCAUUAUAAACGAAUAGUAUAUUGAAAUAUAUAUUUAGUAGAUUUUAUAAAGCAUUUCAUUAGUAUUUGCUCCAGUUAAGAACAACUCUUUACUGUGUUUAGUUUUUGGAAGUGUUAUAAAUACUGUAAUUAACAUAACUUUUGUGAACAUGUUAAUGUGUUUGAUGGAAAACGGCAAGACGUAUUACAUAGUCGUGGAUAAAAAAUAAAAUUUAAAAUAAAAUUAAUUUCUCUUUUUUUGUGUAUUCACAAACAAGUCUGAGAGUUGUCAUCAUAAUUCCAAACGUAUCUGUAAUAUAUAUAUGGAAGAGAAUGAAUUGUGUCCAAACUAGCACUGUACACAGUGGCACAGUCAGUGUUUCAUAUUUGAAAGUGAACAUUUGAUCUAUGUAAAGACCACUGCAAAAAUGCACAUAAUCAUUAUAUAUGUUUUGAAUGAGUCGGAAGGACCAAGAGCCCUUAAUGAACAAAUAUUCAGCUAGCUGACCACUGAAACUUACUGCAGACAAGAAAAGGCUUGGAAAAGUAAUCCAUGAAUUGCACUUUUAGUAACUUGAAAGAUGAACUCAAUCCGCUUCACUCAUUACCAUUAUGGUACCAUGUCAGUUUGACUGGAGGACUAAGAACCGCUCCACUUGAAAAGCAUUUAAAAGCUUUUGACUGAAUGUCAAGUCACAGUUCAAAUUCAGUGGUAGCAUGUCUAAAAGGAGGACAUCAUCUGCAAAGGAUAAACACUCUGAUAUGACCAAUAUUUCAUGUUUUCGCACUGCUAUACUUAAAUAUAGUCAGAAAUUUCAGUCUGACUUCAACGACAAGAAAAGGAAUUUGAAGAAUCUCACUAUGUUUUACGUAUGGGUUAUUUACUUAUAAUAAUACUUUAAUAUUCUAUAUAAUUUCUCCCAUAAUCCUGUACAUUUUUAACUUUUAUAAAAAUAAAGGUUGCCAUGCAUGUAUGAAUGUGCAUAUGAAAUUGCUGUACCUUAUUAUAGCAAAGAGGAGUAACAGAUUAUCAAAUGAAUGAUUUACUCCAGAAUCUGUGAUUUAUAGACAUCAUCUCAUAAAUAAAGUGGACACCAAUUUAAUAAACUUUUUAACUCUUUGUUUUGUGAAUGCAUGUAGAUUUUUGUCCAUAAUGUGGUGCUAAUUUUGGCCUACAGACUAUAAAGAUGUCCCAAAACCCUGCUGUAAUGCUUAAGCAAGGUCCUAAGAAAAAGCAUUUAUUGUUAAUACUGUAUGUUGUAUUUUCUGCUGGCACGAACAAGGAUUUGGCAUUAUUUCUGGAUGAAAGAGCAUUUUAUUCUCGGGACCACUCACAAGGUAUUCAUCACAGCUAAUCUGUUUCAUAAAUUAGACACAUUUCGUCUUCUCCUCCUCUUCCUUCUUUUUCCAUCUCUUUAGCACUUUAAGUACAUUCUGCUGCCCCUCAGUCUCUGCAGUCCCUUCUUGUUUCUCCCGUUGGUUGAUUAUAACAGACUGACUGUUGUUGUCUCCUGAAGGGGGGCACACAGUACAGUUAACAUCCCGGGCCCCAGGAAGCCAGGCCCUCCCUCACAUCUCUCCCCUCCUUCAUCAGCAGUGUAAAACCGGAGGUCUGGCACUUCACUUGAAAAGGUGAGCUUCCUCUUGUAUCUUAAUCCCUAAACACCUCCCUCUUUGGAGAAUCUCUUUUUCAGGAUGGAAGUUGGAAUAACUAUGGAAUCUUAGCAAACUCACUAAGACACAGAGGACUGUUGGCUAAUAGGUUAUAGUACUUCAUCUUUUACAUCUGCACUGUGAACGCUUAACAAGAAUAGACCAUAAGCACACCUUCUAGUAAUGCAAGGAGCAUGCAGGAAUAUGCAGGGAAAGAUUGGUCUAUAAAUCAAAAUUAUUGCACUAAUAACUGGAAUGAUGACAUUUUGACAUGUCAGCUGGGAAAGCAAAGGUGUAAAUGAUAAAAUUAAUGGUGGCUGAAUUCCAUUUAGCUGCUCCAG